AUGGUUAAAGAAUUUCAGUUUGGCUUACCAAAACCAGAAAAUAAGGUACCAAGACUUUUAAAUGCAAAAUUAGGAUAUACAAAUCCUAAAAUUAAAAUUGCAAAUUGGUUCAAUUAUCAAGAAGCUUUACCGUACGAUUAUAAAUUAGAUUUCCCAGAGAACAUAAGAGAAGCAAAGUAUAAAACUUUUGAAAAAAUUCGAGUGGAAAAUGCAGACUACACCAGUGUAAUGAAAUCAGAUUACAUUAAUCCAACAUAUAUUAUAAAUUACGGAGUAACUUUACCUAAAGAAGAUCCAGCAUUAUACAAGCCCAGAGUUAUAAUGGGGAAUGAAUCUUGUCAACAUAAAUUUGUGGAUGAUGGUAUUGAGGAAAAACUGAGAAAUGUGCAAAAUUUAAAAAGAAAACUAUAUCGGUCAUACAAUUUCAUCACAGGAAAAUAUACAGAUGAAGAGUAUGCAUCCAAGGAACAAAAUUAUAAUACUGAAGAUCAAUAUAAUAACGAAUAUCAAAAUGAUAAUAAUAAUUAA